AUGUCGGCCUCUCAGGUCGCGCGGCCCCUGGUCCGCGGCCUGCGCCAAACCGUGCUCGCCCAGCCGACGACCAUCCGAUCCCUCUCCCUCUCUGCUGGCCGUCUCGACGCCGCCGCGACGACGACACAGCACGUGCUCUCGCCAAAGCGGGUACCCCCUGUUGGCUCCCGCCGUCGCCGCGCCGCGCUCCGCUCUGGGCCCAACGUCCCGUUUGAGCAGCUGCCCUACCAGUGCUUCCAGGAGGCGAGAGCAAUUAUACGCGCCGACAGGGAGGAGAAGGUUGAGGCCAUACGCGCUGAGCUUGCCAAGAUUGCGAGGCUCGAAGCCGCGGAUCCGAGCACCCUCAAGGGCGGCGAGCGCAAGAAAGAGCUGCGGCUCACCAGCUUGAGGGAACACGUUGAACAGCUCAAGAUCCUGGCCGAUAUCAACGACCCGGUCGUCAAACGAAAGUUUGAAGAUGGUGUUGGUGAUAUGGACAAGCCCAUCUAUCGCUAUCUUGCGAACCAGAAGUGGCGCUCUUACGACCAAAAGGUUGUACUCCAGCGCAUCGAGCAAUUCCACAUCGUUCCCGAUCUCCUCCCCAAGUUCGACCCCAUCGCCGACGUCCAGCUCUUCUUCCGUCGCGUCAAGGUCUUUGACAAGGGUGAGCGCCUCGUCUCCGUAGUUGUCCUGGACGCCGACGUCCCCGACCUCGACGCCGACAGCUUCACCAAGAGUCGCAUCACCUCGCCCGACCAGCUUGCCGUGCCUUGGCUCCCCGCGUUCGCCCACAAGGGCUCCCCUUACCACCGCCUCGCCGUCUUCGUCCUCGAGCAGCGGCCGGGCGAGACUAUCGACGUGGAGAAGCUCAAGGGCCUCUAUAACAAGGGCGUCGAGGGCGGAUUCAGCCUCAAGAGCUUCCGUGAUAAAUUUGGCCUCAAGCCCGUUGGUUUCAAUAUGUUCCGUACCGUUUACGACGAGAACACUACCGCCGUCAUGGAGCGCGCCGGCAUCGAGGGCGCCGAUCUCGAGUUUAGGCGCGUGAGGGUGCACUCGAUGAAGCCCGAGAGGAAGGCUAAGGGCUGGGAGGCUAAGAGGCAGGGCCCCAAGUACAAGCAUCUUUGGAAGUACACCAAGAGGAUCAGGGGAUUGUCCAGCGGUAAGAAGUGGACAAAGAGGGGCAACUAA